AUGUCAAAUAGAAAUUAUUCUUUAAAAGUUGCAAACGCAGCGUCAUCUUCAACGAUUUAUCGCGCGAAGACCACUUAUAAUGUAAUUCCAACAUAUAUCGAAAAUCGACCAAUUGUCAACUACCAAACCAUCUCAACUUCCUCAUUAAAUCCAAGUGAAACUUUACCAGCAUACAGAGCACAACAACACCCCAAUACAUCAUUUAAACUAGUACACAGAUCACAACUAGUUUCCAAUACAACAGACACAACUACACAGACUAGAUCAAAACACAUAAUAAAUUUUAUCAUUUUCGUCCCAGUUAUAAUAAUAUUCGUGUUAAUGUUGAUCGGUACACUAUCAUUUAUCUAUCGUAAAAUGCGACAAUGUCAAAUACAAAAGGAUAACCUACAAUCAAUGCUGGAAAUCGAGGUGAUGACUCCUAAUUUACAAAUCGGAAAAGUGAUUGAUGGGAGACGGGUUAAAAAAUUGAGCAUGCCACCACCAAAACAAAGUAAACAAGUAUCGAAUUUUGCAAAGAUACAAGCUCAGUUCAGACAACGAUGGAGAAGUUUGGGAAGUUUGGGAAGUAUCGAUAGCACCGUUCGUAAUAAUGCUGGUAGUAGUGUUAAUGCUACUAAUGAUAAUAGUAAGGAUGUAAUGAUAUACGUGGGGUUUGAUUCUUCGAGAUAUGUUGGCAAAGAAAGUGGUGAUGAUAGUAUCGUCAUGACUACGGACAAACGUCAAAACGAAGCUAAUGUGAAGGUAGAAACUACGGACGGACACCAAAGCGAAGCAAAUAUGAAGAUAGAAACUACGGACGGACACCAAAGCGAAGCUAAUAUGACGGUAGAAACUACGGACGGACACCAAAACGAAGUUAAUAUGAAGGUAGAAACUACGGACGGACACCAAAGCGAAGCUAAUACGACGGUAGAAACAAGAGAAAUGCUAAAAAGUGCGGAAUUUAAAGCUAGAAUCAUUGAAUUAUCAAUAGAUUUGCGAAAAAAUGGUUUAAAGCUUCAAGAAUCCUCUUUGUCCGAAACGAGCGUCAGAGAUGUCUAA